AGUAGACUAAGCAAAGCUACCACUAGCUAAAGCUCGGAGCUCGUUCAAUGGCGCCUCUUCACUCCUCCUCCAUGUCCGCAUGCUCCUCGCCAUUGCUCAAGGACGUGAUCGGCGACCUCGACCGCCACUCCUACGUCGCCCUCCUCACCAAGCUCAUUGGCGAGUCCGAGUACGUGCAAAACAACCCCCCCAAGUACAAACCCAAGGAGAACCGCGUCGCUCGCCACGUGCUCGACGUGCUCCUCCCCCUCUCCACCACCCCCAACAAUGGCGGUGGUGGAGGGCCCCUCGUCGUUCAGCACAUCACCAAUCCCAAGUACCCGGAGCGCGGCAACGUCAUCGCCGAGUACCCCGGCACCGGCGACGGUGCCGUCUCCUUCGUCGGCAUGCACAUGGACGUGGUCCCGGUCGUCAACCCCAAAGAUUGGAAGUUCAAUCCGUUCUCGCUGAGCGUGGACGGGGACAGGCUCCAGGGGAGGGGUACCACGGAUUGCCUGGGACACGUGGCGCUGGUGACGGAGCUGAUGAAGAGGUUGGGGGAGACGAAGCCGAAGCUGAAGAACUCGAUCUACGCAGUGUUCAUCUGCAACGAGGAGAACGGCGAGGUCACGGGGAUCGGCGUGGACAUGUUGGCCAAAGAGGGGUACCUUGAUGCGCUCAAGGCCGGGCCCCUGUAUUGGAUUGAUGUCGCCGAUAAGCAACCCUGCAUUGGCAGCGGAGGGAUGAUCACGUGGGAUCUCAAAGCAAUAGGAAAGCAGUUCCAUAGUGGUCUCCCUAACAAGGCCAUUAACGCAAUGGAGUUAAACAUGGAAGCACUUAAAGUGAUUCAAACAAGAUUUUACAGUGAUGUCCCUCCACUUCCUGAAGAGAAGAAGUACAAGUAUGCCACACCGUCAACUAUGAAACCAACUCAAUGGACUUAUCCAGGAGGGAGUGUGAAUCAGAUUCCAGGUGAAUGUACCAUAUCAGGAGAUGUGAGGUUGACUGCUUUCUAUAGCCCAACUGAUAUUGUGAAGAAGUUAUACGCCUAUGUAGAUGACAUAAAUGCCCAUAUUGAGGAUCUAGAUACUCGUGGUCCAGUGUCAAAAUAUGUUCUCCCUGAUGAAGGUCUCAAAGGAAGGGUUGAAAUCAAAACUGGUGAGGAGAUUAUUGCUGGAAUCGCUUGCAAUCUUGAUUCUCGUGGCUAUCACGUUCUAUCUGAAGCAACCAAAGAAGUGAUUGGCUUUGUCGAACCUUACGCGGAUACUGGAACAUUGCCAUUGGUUCGCGAUUUACAGGAUGAAGGUUUUGAUGUUCAACUCACAGGAUAUGGCAUAAAUGACGUAUACCAUGCGGACAACGAAUACUGCCUGUUCUCCGACAUGAAGCAAGGCUUUGAAGUGUUUGUGAGCAUCAUCUCCAAGUUAGAAGAAGAUAAAUAAGCGGCCAGGAUUUAGUGCGUACGUAGUUCUGAAUUCCAAUAACAUCCAAGGUUUCUGAUCCUUGGAUGAGGCUUUGCCGCCUCUGCCUACAUUUCUCAAUAAAACAAAAUAAAAUAAACUCCAAGGUUUCAAAUCCUUGGCGUGUCAGUUUCUAUGUUUAGCACGUACUACAUGUUUUCGUCCCUCAGCUUAUGAAGUAUUAACUCCUGCUUAAUAAACUCUUUAAAAUAAAUAGCUUUGGUAUA